ACUCUAUGACCACGGGUUCAAUCCUGGCCGGGGGUAUGGUUUGAGCAGCCUUCAACAUCAACAGCUAGUCUUGAGCAGCCUUCAACAUCAGCUAGCCUUGAGCAGCCUUCAUUAUCAACAGCUAUCCUUCAACGUCAACAGCUAGCCUUCAACAUGAACAGUGACACACACUCCUUCAAGAGCUUCACACAAGUCUCCAAAAUGAAUAAAAUUAAUUGAAGAAUCAGAAGAUGAUGGUAUGCCACCUCCUGAUUUUAUUCAAUAAAUACACUGCCACUCACCUCUCACACAUUCAAAUUAAUAUUUUAAGAUGUCACUUUUUCGUAUGCCUCGUUUCCUGCGGCGGUACAUACGUCGACGCACUUCUCAUAUACCAGAAAAUCGUGCUCUUCGGAUAAAAAAAAAUCUCUCUCUACUAUAUGCAGCAGUUGCUUGGAACUUAUUUGGCUACAUAGGUUAUCUGGUUUAUUCUAAGCGGCUUGAAAAAAUUAAUGACAACACUGAAUUAUCUCCAGGUCGCCAGUAUGUCAAGAUGCUCAAGUUAGAAAAUGUUCAAUUAUAUCACAUUGAUGGUUUAAAAUCUGUGGAACAUUUUGACCUAAACAAAGAGUUUGCAGAAGAGUCUCAAGACAAGGCAACAUCAGAGGUCCAAGAAAACUAGAAGUACUG